UCUGAUGAGUCUCUGGGCGCCAGGGAGCAGACGGUGGUCGUCUAUGGCAACCCUGUCCUCUGUAGUGAGGACCUGUUCAGCCAUCUGAACACCAAGAAGGACUCCGGCUGCCAGACUGAAGACUUCCUUGUCAGUGCUCCGUCCCGCCGCAGGCUCCGGUCACAGCGGGGUCAGCACAGGGUCAGCUCCAUCUCCACGUCCCUGUCCGUCUCCACGGGGAACAUCUCCUCUCUCCCGUUACCAGACGCCUCGGAGCGCGAUGCCAUGUUCUCCUCCUCGCUGGGUGUGCGUCUCCGGUUCCGCAGCCUGCCGAUGGAGGAGGGGAGACUGAUGGACGAGGAAGAUGAUGAGGAGGAAGAGGAGCUGUCUCCCUACAAGACUGAGGACUUCCUGUCCGGGCCGGGGGAGCUGAAGGAGGAGGGAGGGGAGAGUACCGAUGACCAGGCCCAGCCGGACCACCCUCUGGCCAGCCUGAAGUACCAGCAGCACCCUGGCAGCCCCUGGAUGGAGAGGGGCCGCUCCCGCCUCCCCCGGAAGGUUGACAUGGGGAGCUGUGAGAUGUCCUCCAGCUCAGACACCUUCUCCAGUCCGCUCCACUCUACCUCCACCAGGGGAGUUCUGGGGUGUCAGAUGGACCAUAAAGACGACCACCAGUCUUCUAGUGGGAACUGGAGCGGCAGCAGCUCAACAUGCCCCUCCCACACCUCUGAGAUCCUCCCUCAAGCCAUCUCCCCCCCGUUCACUGGCUUCUCUCACUGUGACUCGGAGCAGUCUCUCAACACCGCCCCAAACGCCAAGGUUGACCCCGCCCCCUUCUUCAUCCUGGACCCGUACCAGACAGACCGGCUGCUGGACGGCGCGGGGGUCAGCACGGCUAGCGACGGGGAGUGGAGUUACCCACACCCUGACCACCCCAGCCCCAGGCCCCAUGACCUCAGCCCUGAGCGCUCCAGAGAGGGGGAGGGGAGUCUGGGCUGCCCAAGCUUUUCCAGCAUGGCUACCUGUGAGAGCUUCACUACAGACAAGCCUCCUUCUGAGAAGGCUGACACUGUAUCAUACUACUCCAUAGACACUGAGGGUUACUACACCUCCAUGCACUUUGACUGUGGUCUGAAAGGGAGCAAGAGCUUCAUGUAUAACUACUCUGCCUCUGACUGGGGCCAGGAGCACAUGACUCUGGGGAGACGCUGUCUGAUGUUGAGGAAACCCAAGGCCAAGCCCUCUGCCCCCAGGCGCAGCUCCUCACUAAGGAAGAUCAGAGGGGGGGGGGACGCUCCUGACGACAGCGAACCAAAGACCCCCAGCGGGCAGCAGAGAGAGAUGUCCUCCAGAGAGAGGAGACAACAGCUGGACCUGGAGGGCUCCCUGGGCCGCCCUGACCCUGCUCUGAGAGGGGAGGGGGGCCUGGGGGGGUUUGGGUUAGAGCAGGAACCUCUGGACCGUCUAGAGGUCUGGCGGGGGGAGGGUAGACAGGAGAUGCCUGGCUCCGGCCUGUUUGGUUACUCUGACACACACUCCUUUAAGGAUGAGGGAGUUGUCCAGUCAGACUAUUCAGAUCUCUGGCUCAUUAAUGACUUGAAGUCCAACACCGACCCCUACCGCUCCCUGUCCAACUCAUCCACUGCUACCAGUGCUACUGUUAUAGAAUGCAGGAGAGUUCAGGAGAGUUCAGAGCCCCAGGCCUCCCAGUCAGGCUCCAGAGCCACCACACCCUCCCUGCCCUCAGUAGAAGACUUCAAGAUCUCCUCCCUGCCCUCAGUAGAAGGGGACUUCAAGAUGUCCUCCCUGCCCUCAGUAGAAGACUUCAAGAUGUCCUCCCUGCCCGCAGUAGAAGGGGACUUCAGAAUCAACUCACUGCCCUCAGUAGAAGAGGACUUCAAGAUGUCCUCCCUGCCCUCAGUAGAAGGGGACUUCAAGAUGUCCUCCCUGCCCUCAGUAGAAGGGGACUUCAAGAUGUCUUCCCUGCCCUCAGUAGAAGACUUCAAGAUGUCCUCCCUGCCCUCAGUAGAAGGGGACUUCAAGAUAUCCUCCCUGCCCUCAGUAGAAGACUUCAAGAUGUCCUCCCUGCCCUCAGUAGAAGGGGACUUCAGGAUGUCCUCACUGCCCUCAGUAGAAGGGGACUUCAGGAUGUCCUCCCUGCCCUCAGUAGAAGGGGACUUCAGGAUGUCCUCUCCAGAGAGGCUGACCGGCUUAGUGUCACCCUCUAGUGGCUACUCCAGCCAAUCAGAAACCCCCACCUCCUACUUCCCCUCAGCCUUCUUCCCUAGUCCCCUGUCACCCACCAAUCAGAAAAGGAAGCCUAAGAUUCCAGAGAGGAAGUCAUCUCUGUCCGUCACCUCCACCAGAGAUCCGGAGCUGCCGACCAUCCCCCCCAGCCACCUGGACCUCAGUGCCCUUAACAGCCCUAACCCUACCAACCCUAACCCUACCAGGCCUCCUCCAGUCUCUGCCAACCCUAACUCUAACCCUACCAACCAAAACCCUAACCCUACCAAACAGGGAGGGAGCCCUGACCAGCCCGGCCCAGAAAUUGACAUCAGACCCAAGUGUACCACUGUGAACAUCAUCAGCCCCCCCUCCAACAGCUGGUCCACUGAGGCCAGGAAGCCUCCAGCCUACAACUCCCAGGUUCCCCCCUCUCAACAGUACUUUGAGUCACUGUUCACCCCCAGUGAUAGCCCUGUCGCUAGGGAACCAGCAGGUCACAGUAGUGUGAGGUACAGACAGGACAGACACCCUGCUGAACCCCAGUGGAGUCCCACCGCCUUCAGAGUCUCAUCAGACCACACACUACCAGACCAGGAGACACUGGCAGACCAGGAGACACUACCAGACCAGGAGACACUACCAGACCAGGAGACACUGGCAGACCAGGAGACACUGGCAGACCAGGAGACACUACCAGACCAGGAGACACUACCAGACCAGGAGACACUACCAGACCAGGAGACACUACCAGACCAGGAGACACUGGCAGACCAGGAGACACUACCAGACCAGGAGACACUGGCAGACCAGGAGACACUACCAGACCAGGAGACACUACCAGACCAGGUGACACUACCAGACCAGGAGACACUGGCAGACCAGGAGACACUGGCAGACCAGGAGACACUGGCAGACCAGGAGACACUACCAGACCAGGAGACACUACCAGACCAGGAAAUACUGGCAGACCAGGUGACACUAUCAGACCAGGUGACACUAUCAGACCAGGUGACACUAUCAGACCAGGAGACACUGGCAGACCAGGAGACACUACCAGACCAGGAGACACUACCAGACCAGGAUACACUACCAGACCAGGAUACACUACCAGACCAGGAGACACUACCAGACCAGGUGAUCCUACCAGAGCAGGAGACACUACCAGACCAGGAAACACUACCAGACCAGGAGACACUAUCAGACCAGGAGACACUGGCAGACCAGGAGACACUGGCAGACCAGGAGACACUACCAGACCAGGAGACACUACCAGACCAGGAGACACUACCAGACCAGGAGACACUACCAGACCAGGAGACACUGGCAGACCAGGAGACACUACCAGACCAGGAGACACUGGCAGACCAGGAGACACUACCAGACCAGGAGACACUACCAGACCAGGUGACACUACCAGACCAGGAGACACUGGCAGACCAGGAGACACUGGCAGACCAGGAGACACUGGCAGACCAGGAGACACUACCAGACCAGGAGACACUACCAGACCAGGAAAUACUGGCAGACCAGGUGACACUAUCAGACCAGGUGACACUAUCAGACCAGGUGACACUAUCAGACCAGGAGACACUGGCAGACCAGGAGACACUACCAGACCAGGAGACACUACCAGACCAGGAUACACUACCAGACCAGGAGACACUACCAGACCAGGAGACACUACCAGACCAGGUGAUCCUACCAGAGCAGGAGACACUACCAGACCAGGAAACACUACCAGACCAGGAGACACUAUCAGACCAGGAGACACUACCAGACCAGGAGACACUAUCAGACCAGGAGACACUAUCAGACCAGGAGACACUAUCAGACCAGGAAAUACUGGCAGACCAGGAGACACUAUCAGACCAGGUGACACUAUCAGACCAGGAGACACUGGCAGACCAGGAGACACUACCAGACCAGGAGACACUACCAGACCAGGAUACACUAUCAGACCAGGAGACACUAUCAGACCAGAAGACACUAUCAGACCAGAAGACACUAUCAGACCAGGAGACACUAUCAGACCAGGAGACACUAUCAGACCAGGAAACACUAUCAGACCAGGUGACACUACCAGACCAGGAUACACUAUCAGACCAGGAGACACUGGCAGACCAGGAGGCACUGGCAAACCAGGAGACACUACCAGACCAGGAAAUACUGGCAGACCAGGCGACACUAUCAGACCAGGUGACACUAUCAGACCAGGAGACAUUGGUAGACCAGGAGACAUUGGUAGACCAGGAGACACUACCAGACCAGGAUACACUACCAGACCAGGAGACACUACCAGACCAGGAGACACUACCAGACCAGGAAAAACUACCAGACCAGGUGAUACUACCAGACCAGGAGACACUAUCAGACCAGGAGACAUUGGCAGACCAGGAGACACUACCAGACCAGGAGACACUAUCAGACCAGGAGACACUGGCAGACCAGGAGACACUACCAGACCAGGAGACACUACCAGACCAGGAGACACUACCAGACCAGGAGACACUAUCAGACCAGGAAAUACUGGCAGACCGGGAGACACUACCAGACCAGGAGACACUACCAGACCAGGAGACACUACCAGACCAGGAGACACUACCAGACCAGGAGACACUGGCAGACCAGGAGACACUGGCAGACCAGGAGACACUACCAGACCAGGAGACACUACCAGACCAGGAGACACUACCAGACCCAGACACCACCCCAGACACAGAGACCACCCCAGACACAGAGACCACCCCAGACACAGAGACCGCCCCAGACACAGAGACCGCCCCAGAGACAGAGACCACCCCAGACACAGAGACCACCCCAGACACAGAGACCACCCCAGACACAGAGACCACCCCAGACACAGAGACCACCCCAGACACAGAGACCACCCCAGACACAGAGACCACCCCAGACACAGAGCAGGGCUACUGCAGUAAAGGUGAGGUAUCAGACAUUCAACUGUUGCUGUCAAUGACUAGAAAUGUGAAAUAGAUAGUCAAAAUGGGUGUCUUGUUUUAACAUAGCCCACAUUGGGUGUCUUGUUUUAACAUAGCCCACAUCGGGUGUCUUGUUUUAACAUAGCCCACAUCAGUUGUCUUGUUAUAACAUACUUGUCUUGUUUUAACAUACUUGUCUUGUUUUAACAUAGCCCACAUCAGGUGUCUUGUUUUAACAUACUUGUCUUGUUUUAACAUACUUGUCUUGUUUUAACAUACUUGUCUUGUUUUAACAUAGCCUACAUAAGUUGUCUGUUUUCCAGAGUCCAGCUCCAGUGACAACUCUAAUGAGGAGACCAAGGCUGAAGAUGAUGUCUUCCUGUCGCCCACCAAGGCACGUACUACAGAGGACCUGUUUGCCAUUAUACACAGGUGGGUUUCUGGUGGUAGUUUGAUUCAUCAAUAAGAUAAUAAUCUUGUUUUGACAUGCCAGAAACACAAGUCCACUAACUUUUACAAAUGUAACCCUGUUAUCUAUAACCCUAACUACUGUUCUGUUAUCUAUAACCCUAACUACUGUUCUGUUAUCUAUAACCCUAACUACUGUUCUGUUAUCUAUAACCCUAACCACUGUUCUGUUAUCUAUAACCCUAACUACUGUUCUGUUAUCUAUAACCCUAACUACUGUUCUGUUAUCUAUAACCCUAACUACUGUUCUGUUAUCUAUAACCCUAACCACUGUCCUGUUAUCUAUAACCCUAACGACUGUUCUGUUAUCUAUAUCCCUAACUACUGUUCUGUUAUCUAUAACCCUAACUACUGUUCUGUUAUCUAUAACCCUAACUACUGUUCUGUUAUCUAUAACCAUAACUACUGUUCUGUUAUCUAUAACCCUAACCACUGUCCUGUUAUCUAUAACCCUAACCACUGUUCUGUUAUCUAUAACCCUAACUACUGUUCUGUUAUCUAUAACCCUAACUACUGUUCUGUUAUCUAUAACCCUAACCACUGUUAUGUUAUCUAUAACCCUAACUACUGUUCUGUUAUCUAUAACCCUAACUACUGUUCUGUUAUCUAUAACCCUAACUACUGUUCUGUUAUCUAUAACCCUAACCACUGUCCUGUUAUCUAUAACCCUAACGACUGUUCUGUUAUCUAUAUCCCUAACUACUGUUCUGUUAUCUAUAACCCUAACUACUGUUAUGUUAUCUAUAACCCUAACUACUGUUCUGUUAUCUAUAACCCUAACUACUGUUCUGUUAUCUAUAACCCUAACCACUGUCCUGUUAUCUAUAACCCUAACCACUGUUCUGUUAUCUAUAACCCUAACUACUGUUCUGUUAUCUAUAACCCUAACUACUGUUCUGUUAUCUAUAACCCUAACCACUGUCCUGUUAUCUAUAACCCUAACUACUGUUCUGUAUCUAUAACCCUAACCACUGUCCUGUUAUCUAUAACCCUAACCACUGUUCUGUUAUCUAUAACCCUAACGACUGUUCUGUUAUCUAUAACGCUAACUACUGUUCUGUUAUCUAUAACCCCAACUACUGUUCUGUUAUCUAUAACCCUAACUACUGUUCUGUUAUCUAUAACCCUAACUACUGUUCUGUUAUCUAUAACCCUAACUACUGUUCUGUUAUCUAUAACCCUAACUACUGUUCUGUUAUCUAUAACCCUAACUACUGUUCUGUUAUCUAUAACCCUAACCACUGUUCUGUUAUCUAUAACCCUAACUACUGUUCUGUUAUCUAUAACCCUAACUACUGUUCUUUUAUCUAUAACCCUAACUACUGUUCUGUUAUCUAUAACCCUAACUACUGUUCUGUUAUCUAUAACCCUAACUACUGUUCUGUUAUCUAUAACCCUAACUACUGUUCUGUUAUCUAUAACCCUAACUACUGUUCUGUUAUCUAUAACCCUAACUACUGUUCUGUUAUCUAUAACCCUAACUACUGUUCUGUUAUCUAUAACCCUAACUACUGUUCUGUUAUCUAUAACCCUAACUACUGUUCUGUUAUCUAUAACCCUAACUACUGUUCUGUUAUCUAUAACCCUAACUACUGUUCUGUUAUCUAUAACCCUAACUACUGUUCUGUUAUCUAUAACCCUAACUACUGUUCUGUUAUCUAUAACCCUAACUACUGUUCUGUUAUCUAUAACCCUAACUACUGUUCUGUUAUCUAUAACCCUAACCUGUUAUCUAUAACCCUAACCACUGUCCUGUUAUCUAUAACCCUAACCACUGUUCUGUUAUCUAUAACCCUAACUACUGUUCUGUUAUCUAUAACCCUAACUACUGUUCUGUUAUCUAUAACCCUAACUACUGUUCUGUUAUCUAUAACCCUAACCACUGUCCUGUUAUCUAUAACCCUAACUACUGUUCUGUUAUCUAUAACCCCAACGACUGUUCUGUUAUCUAUAACCCCAACGACUGUUCUGUUAUCUAUAACCCCAACGACUGUUCUGUUAUCUAUAACCCCAACGACUGUUCUGUUAUCUAUAACCCCAACGACUGUUCUGUUAUCUAUAACCCCAACGACUGUUCUGUUAUCUAUAACCCUAACGACUGUUCUGUUAUCUAUAACCCUAACUACUGUUCUGUUAUCUAUAACCCUAACUACUGUUCUGUUAUCUAUAACCCUAACUACUGUUCUGUUAUCUAUAACCCUAACUACUGUUCUGUUAUCUAUAACCCUAACCACUGUUCUGUUAUCUAUAACCCUAACCACUGUCCUGUUAUCUAUAACCCUAACGACUGUUCUGUUAUCUAUAUCCCUAACUACUGUUCUGUUAUCUAUAACCCUAACUACUGUUCUGUUAUCUAUAACCCUAACUACUGUUCUGUUAUCUAUAACCCUAACCACUGUCCUGUUAUCUAUAACCCUAACUACUGUUCUGUUAUCUAUAACCCUAACUACUGUUCUGUUAUCUAUAUCCCUAACUACUGUUCUGUUAUCUAUAACCCUAACUACUGUUCUGUUAUCUAUAACCCUAACUACUGUUCUGUUAUCUAUAACCCUAACCACUGUCCUGUUAUCUAUAACCCUAACCACUGUUCUGUUAUCUAUAACCCUAACUACUGUUCUGUUAUCUAUAACCCUAACUACUGUUCUGUUAUCUAUAACCCUAACUACUGUUCUGUUAUCUAUAACCCUAACCACUGUCCUGUUAUCUAUAACCCUAACUACUGUUCUGUUAUCUAUAACCCCAACGACUGUUCUGUUAUCUAUAACCCCAACGACUGUUCUGUUAUCUAUAACCCCAACGACUGUUCUGUUAUCUAUAACCCCAACGACUGUUCUGUUAUCUAUAACCCUAACGACUGUUCUGUUAUCUAUAACCCUAACUACUGUUCUGUUAUCUAUAACCCUAACUACUGUUCUGUUAUCUAUAACCCUAACUACUGUUCUGUUAUCUAUAACCCUAACUACUGUUCUGUUAUCUAUAACCCUAACUACUGUUCUGUUAUCUAUAACCCUAACUACUGUUCUGUUAUCUAUAACCCUAACCACUGUCCUGUUAUCUAUAACCCUAACGACUGUUCUGUUAUCUAUAUACCUAACUACUGUUCUGUUAUCUAUAACCCUAACUACUGUUAUGUUAUCUAUAACCCUAACUACUGUUCUGUUAUCUAUAACCCUAACCACUGUUCUGUUAUCUAUAACCCUAACCACUGUUCUGUUAUCUAUAACCCUAACUACUGUUCUGUUAUCUAUAACCCUAACUACUGUUCUUUUAUCUAUAACCCUAACUACUGUUCUGUUAUCUAUAACCCUAACUACUGUUCUGUUAUCUAUAACCCUAACCACUGUUAUGUUAUCUAUAACCCUAACCACUGUUCUGUUAUCUAUAACCCUAACUACUGUUCUGUUAUCUAUAACCCUAACUACUGUUCUGUUAUAUAUAACCCUAACCACUGUUCUGUUAUCUAUAACCCUAACUACUGUUCUGUUAUCUAUAACCCUAACCACUGUUCUGUUAUCUAUAACCCUAACUACUGUCCUGUUAUCUAUAACCCUAACUACUGUCCUGUUAUCUAUAACCCUAACUACUGUUCUGUUAUCUAUAACCCUAACGACUGUUCUGUUAUCUAUAACCCUAACUACUGUUCUGUUAUCUAUAACCCUAACGACUGUUCUGUUAUCUAUAACCCUAACUACUGUUCUGUUACACCCAGACCUAACCACUGUUCUGUUAUCUAUAACCCUAACUACUGUCCUGUUAUCUAUAACCCUAACUACUUUCCUGUUAUCUAUAACCCUAACUACUCUUCUGUUAUCUAUAACCCUAACUACUGUCCUGUUAUCUAUAACCCUAACCACUGUCCUGUUAUCUAUAACCCUAACUACUGUUCUGUUAUCUAUAACCCUAACCACUGUUCUGUUAUCUAUAACCCUAACCACUGUUCUGUUAUCUAUAACCCUAACUACUGUUCUGUUAUCUAUAACCCUAACUACUGUUCUGUUAUCUAUAACCCUAACCACUGUUCUGUUAUCUAUAACCCUAACUACUGUUCUGUUAUCUAUAACCCUAACCACUGUUCUGUUAUCUAUAACCCUAACUACUGUCCUGUUAUCUAUAACCCUAACUACUGUCCUGUUAUCUAUAACCCUAACUACUGUUCUGUUAUCUAUAUCCCUAACGACUGUUCUGUUAUCUAUAACCCUAACUACUGUUCUGUUACACCCAGACCUAACCACUGUUCUGUUAUCUAUAACCCUAACUACUGUCCUGUUAUCUAUAACCCUAACUACUGUUCUGUUAUCUAUAACCCUAACUACUGUUCUGUUAUCUAUAACCCUAACUACUGUUCUGUUAUCUAUAACCCUAACUACUGUUCUGUUACACCCAGUCCUAACCACUGUUCCAUUGUCCUCCAUAGAUCCAAGAGGAAAGUUCUGGGCAGGAAGGACUCUGGAGAGUUGAGUGCCCGGAGCCAUCUGUGUGCUGCGUCUGGGAGCACGCCACCUGGCAAUCCUAUGACCCUACCUGGCAAUGCUUUGACCUCUCCCGUGACCUCUCCUAGCACCCCACUGACCCCCAGCACCCCCACUGGCCCCCAGAAGGCCCCAGGACCCAUCUACCGCAGCCUGAAGAAGUCCUCCACCUCCAACGAGGAGUUCAAACUACUGCUCCUGAAGAAAGGCAGCCGCUCAGACUCCAGCUACCGCAUGUCGGCCACAGAGAUCCUGAAGAGCCCCAUCGGCCACAAGUCCCCUGGAGACCACCUGCCCACGCUGGAGGAGCCCCUCUCCCCCCCGCCAUGCGCAGAGCAGCUCCCCAGACCCUUCACAGAGGACUUGUCUCCUAAAGGCCUGUCCCCUGCAGCCUCCUUCAGACAGAGCCGCUCACGCAUCCCUCCACCAGCCACCAGCAGCCACUACAGCAUCCGCAGCAGACACCACCCGGCCCCCAUGCAGGCCAUCUCAGAGGGCGAGACGGAGAACUCAGACAGGAACCCCUCCUCACAGGGAUCCUCC